AUGUUACAUGAAAUCAUCCUGUCAUUAUCGGGCGUCCGAUCGCCUGUCUGGACCCAGGCAGGUCAAUCGGAGCAUGAGGAGGGACAUGAUCUGAACCAAUAUAUGUCACCGCCAGAACAUCAGAUGCUUCAAACCCUUGCUCACCUACAUGAACUACACGUUCAGAUCAAGAGUGCCACUGCACGAGUCUCGAGGAAGCACCACUCAAUGGUUUGUCGAGCUGUAAGCUCCUCGAUGGCUGAGCUUCACCUUGGAAAGUUCGUGGAUACUAUUCUGAGGGUCGAAGCCUCUAUACUCAAAAAGGACGCUGGCUACGUUGGGGCCUAUGACAUAGUGCCUCUUAGCACAUUGGUAUCGGAAUUUGCACCCUGGACGCGACGCAUGGAGUGGAUGUGGUCAUUAGCCCGGCAACUGGACCCCGGAGACAACGAGGUGGUGGGAAAACAGUCUAGCGCUGCAGGUAUUCUGGAUCUUCUGGAAAAAGAAACCCAUACUGGCUAUUCGGAUAUUGAAGAGAUGGCCAUUGAACUUCUGACAGUGGCUCAGAAAGCCUGGGUAAGGGCUGCUUCAUUCUGGAUACUAUAUGGAAAGCUUCCAACCGCUGGUGCUGAUGACUUCUGCAUCAGAGAGAAUCCACAAUCUCUGUCAGCAAUGGACUCUUUCAUGGUCGACAACUCACUAGUCCCAAAGUUACUCAGCCCUACUGGUGCUAAUGCACUAUUGUCUAUUGGGAGUGCUUUGCAUCAGCUACGUUCUGGUGCAGCAUCUGCGGCGAAUACUAUCAAAGGCUCUGAAGACCCGGCUAUGAGUUUACUAGCAAUUCAUCUACGGCAGCUCGAAUCACUUCGAUAUCCACUAACUUUGUCACGACUGGAAGGUGUAUUGCUUUCGAUCAAUCAAUCCAUCUCAGAAAACGCUCUUGUCGAAAUUCUUCCUCGGACACGGGUUUUGCAGUUACUCCGAGUAACUUUGGACUAUCUUCUCCUUGGUCAUGGAGAAUUUGCUGUAUUAAUGGUCGCUCAUGCCGACGCUCGCAUCAUGAAUCGUCAGCAGAACCAAAGCUUGACCCGGCCUGUUAGGAGAGUCGGUCGAUUCGACGAUGUGGCGAUCAAGGAUGCGGAAAUCAAUUCAAUUUUGUCGAAGGUAAUGGCUGAGCUAGCAGCCUUACACACAGACGAAGAUCCCGACGACGACGUCUUCGAUUUUGCUAGAAAGAUUCUGUCCUUGAAGCCUGUCGAUUCACUCGCACAACCAUUGAUGGUCUCAACUUUAUUGCCAACGCCUACGCUUCUGACUACGACCAUUCCUUCAUCUUCACCUCUGCACAUGUUUCUUUCCGCACAGGAUAUAACAACCUAUGGCUUCCUAAACGCCAACCUACUUUCAAUCCGUAGAGCAGGUCUACACCUCUCUGGCCUUUGGAAGUUAACUGCACAACGUCGCUCGUUCCCCACACCAUUGGGGCCCCCGAGAAGUGCGACAUCUGCAGGGCAAAUGUUGCUCUCACUCCGAAGAGCGCGGGAUGGGCAUAGAACAAGGAGGACAAGGAGGCAUUGGACAUGUGCGAGUAGUGCCCUUUUUAUGGUUAAUGAGCUUGAGAGCUAUCUACAGGGUGAGGUUAUCCAGAGCAGCUGGGUCCAGUUUCAGUCUUGGUUGGGUGGUGAUGAUCGACUUGCGUCUGCAUCGACAAGAUCAUCCCGACCUACUACGGCCUCAUCGACUGGCCAAUCGAGACUUACAGACAACACUUUCGGAGCGUCGUAUUCGCAUGCGAAGUCAUCACCAAGUGAUCCUCGAGUGCUAGCCGCAGCUCACAGAGCAUAUCUGCAGGCUCUCAAAUCAGCACUUUUUUUUGACAAUGAGACCUUUAUUGAUGCUUUGAAGACGUUCCUUGGCCAGAUUGAUCACUUCAUAGCACUGUUCUCUCGCCUCCAAGAAGUCUGGGACGGCCUUGACUUGCAGGAAGAUGAUGGCGUGGUAGAUGACCUCUCAAAUUAUGUGCAGGACGAACAAGAGGUCCUGGCAGAGAUGGAUCGAACAAGCACGGCCAUUAAUGCCUGCAUUGCUGGCUUAAUAGACAAGGUCCGUGAGGUCGAGAAAGAAGAGCGGAGUGGGACGAAUUCGUCACUUGGAGGAUUGAGUUUUGAGGAUGCGAAUCCAACCACUUUUGUGCCAUGGCCAGCCAGAACCGUCAACAGAUUGGUUAUGAAACUUGACAGUUUAGCAGCACGACGUGAUGACGACAAGAAUGAUAACGAGAUCAUUGAUGAUUAUGAUGAUGAGUAA